UCGACAAAACUGACAAGAGUCCGGUAGUUAGUGUGCAGGCUAGCUAUACUUUUUAGCUGUUAACUGGCUAACUGUUUAGCUAAGUUAGCGUUAGCUGUUAGCUGCAUGCUAAAUACAAGAGGGGACAGAUACCGUCACCAGAUGACGGAAGCUAAUAUGUGCACAUUUUUUGUCUAUGUAUCACAGUUAUUAUUAUUAUUGUUCCAUCAGAAUGCAUUUACGAACACUCCGACAACUGAUUAAUAACUUAUUGUUAGAAACUAAGAUGGAGAUGUUGUGAUAAAUGUUCAGAUGCGUCUGUAAGUUAAUGUUACUGAAACGUUAACUUUGCUUGUGAGAAAGAUUCAACGAAACAUAAGUUAACGUUAAGUGUUUUUAAGUUGGAGUUGAAAGAUAUACCUCUAUGAUAGUGCUAUAGUCAGAAGAUACUUAAGUGAUAUCGUUGGGGUUUGGUUUAACUGUAAAAUCACGUUAGUUAGCUAUAAAAGGUUUAUUCUUAACCUUAACGGGUGUUAAUUAAUACAAUCAACGUAACGCUAACAGAUUGUUCAUGCUGAUUAAUGCAAUGAACAGUCAUCAAUACUCAGUAACAUGUGUCAUAGGUAGCAUUCUCACGGAGACCCAGUAUUCAGCCUAGCCAUGUUUAUCAGAUACUUUUUUUUUUUAAUGAGAAUAUAUUGGGCCUCCUUUGUUUAUUCUUAAGAAAGCGUGUCCUGAUGUGGUGUUUCUAUACAUUAUGUGACUGCAAAGGGUACACAUAGUCUCACACUCACAUUCAAAUUAGUUCGGUAAUUAGCUCUGCAUUACACAAGUAUAACUUAACCUACCACACAGCUUUUUUCAUAGUUUCCUUUAUUGGUCACAUGUCUUGUAGGGUGAUAUGUUUGUAUGAUAUGGAGAAAAUUAUUUGAUCUGUUGUGGCAGGAAGAUUUGGAAUAAAACCAAUAGAGUCUAAUUCAGCAACCCUGCAAUGUAUCUGACCCUGAUGAAGGAUAUAGUAUUCCUAUUCAGUUUGUGAAACUGUUCCAGGGAGGUGUUCGCUUAGCAUUUUGGAAGCUCUUUUUAUUUUUGUGCUGUUGAAUAGCUUUUCUUUAUCCAGAGUGGUGAUUUCUAAUAUUUAGUCUAGCUUCACUGAUAUAUAUGGGUUGGAAAAUAUAUUAGAAAACACAUCUCAGUAUAAUACAGUACAAUUCAACAAUUUCCAAAUUGAAAUUGAAGUUUCUCUUUAAAACUGUCUACAAAAUGGAGCAUGUAUACCCUUGCACAAAAUAAGUACUAAUGUUCUCUAACAUAUCAUUAACUACUUCAUUAACUAAAAACUUCUACUGUUUAUUUUGUGUUCUUUGUGAUCCACUGUUCAAUGUUACGUGUUGAAAUGUUUCCAAUUUCUAGAGUGCAAUAUAGUGCUGGAUUACCUGAAACAAAUAAAGAGCAGAUGUGGAUCAGGCUCUACGCAACCUAGCUGAUAUGAAUUUUGAAUGUCUGUCCGAUUAUCCCUGAUCCAAAUCAUGCAAAUCAACCAGGAACUCUCUAGUCUUAAGAGAUCAUGAAUAUGCUUUGCUUUAUCUGCUCUCACUCUUUAUAUUGGUCUUCACCUAAUCCUCCAUAAUCCACAUUGUGCUGCUGUUUGACGGACUAGCACAAUAACAACGUGGCCCCAAGAGUGCUGAAGCACCAUGUUAGGCGGUGGUCAGUUUGUGGAGGCCCUCGGCCGUCUAGGCUAUCCUGGUGCAUCAUCACUGAAGGCCACUGAGUUCGACUGGCUGUUUGACUGUGCCCCGGAGAACCUUCACUUCUUGCGCUUUGUCUGUCGGACCCUCAACCAGAGCAAUGUUCUCACCAUGGAGGAGGUGCGUGCUUUUCAGGAGCUACGGAAGUCCGGCAAGCCAUUUCUGGAUGAAGCAGCCUUGGGCAAGGUCCUAAAAACCAUUGGACCUUCAGAUGGGAGCAGUGCAAACAUCUUAGGCCCCUCUUCUUCAUCAUCUGUGUUUUUUGAGGCAGAGGGGGAUGUGGCCAUAGAGGACUUGGAGGCAGAGCUCCAGGCACUGCAUAAAGAGAAAGAGCUGAAGCAACGACGCUACAACAGGUUACAGGUUGUGGCCACCACGCGUGCAGAUGUUGAUCUACGACUUAAUGCAGAACUGGAGAGCGCCACAUGCAAGCUGAAGGAGCGCGCUUUCAUCGGAGCUGAGAAUGCUGACACCAACGCUCUUUUACAAAACCUAACAGAUGAGGUGAGCAAGCUUGCUUCAUAUCUCCCAGUUCAGCCAGAAGCCAAGCAAAAAGGAAAAGGAGAACCUGUGGCCCUAUCAAACCCUCCCAUCUCCAAAAGCCCAACUGUCCUCCUCUCACAACUGUCCCUGGAUCCCUACCUGCGCCAGGAGGAGCUCAACACUAAAACACUAACUGCCUUCACCCAGAGGCAUUUCUUCCAGGGCAUCUCCGACAUUGUUCAGACUUCUUGCUCUGAGCGCUUCCAGGUCCUUGACCUCAGUUGUUGCGAAGAUAUAGAGGAGGAAGAGAAUGAGCAUGAGUGGCGAGAGAGGGAGGAGCGGGUGGUGGACCGCAGGAGGACAGAGAUGGCCAGACUUCAGUGGUCUCAUAUUGUGGCCCAGCACCAACUGAUGCAGGCCGUGGCAGAAGAGAAGAGUGUCAUGGCUGGGCUGGACUGGCUCUCGGAGAAGUCCUCUCAUACCAAGAGCAUUUCCACCUCCUCCUCACUGCAUGUCCGGGAAGUUGUGUCAAGGAAGGAGCUGCAGGAGGUGGAAGCUGAGCUGGAGGCUCUCCUUCAUGGACAAGUACCUGCUGCCCUUAGGGAGUCAGCCAGGCUGCUUAAUGUGCCAGUAGUGAGGGGAGACCUGGAUCUGCAACUAGCCAGGCAGGACUACUACACUUCCAGACAGGAUCAGGUACGUGACUACCUACUCCGCCAGAAGGCGUCCUUUGACCUGGUGCUUCUGGCUCAGGAGAUGGAGAUAAGGAGGUGGAGGACGUGUCUUAAGCAGCUGGGAGAAAUAAAUAGCAGACUGGUAAAGGAAGGGAAAGCGGCAACCCUGAGAAUGGAGUCCCUGGCACACCCUGACCUGGCUCUUAACCCCAGGCCCAACCCUAUCAUCACCUGCAAGGAUGCAGCUUUCAGCAGACUGCUCCAGAUCCUUGACAAUGAUUCUGACCACGGUCGAUCCGAGCCUUUCCGGACAUAUAAAGCAUUGGACCAGGCUGCUCGGGACCUCGCAGGCAACCUCCAGGUGACCCGGGAUGCUCUCUCCGGUGCUGGGCGCGAGCAGUACUACACAGCUGCUCGUCUCACUGGCGACUGUGAGGCGCUCCACAGAGCAAUGUACACAGAGCUCCAGCAGCUGGUUUUAGGGCCGCAGGUACGUCCAACGGCCAUCACUGACCAGGUGCCACUCUGUCCCAAUGCACAGGAGCUGACAGCUAAACUCGUGGAAGUAGAGUCUCAGCUGCAGAGUUUGCAGCGUGUAACGCAAGAAAUCACGAGGGAGGUUAAAUCCAAGCGUUCUCAGCUGGAGCGCAAUGCCCUCCUCAGGCAGGAGAGGGAGUUAUACAUCUACUUUAACUUGGAUGCACGGCUACUGAAGAAAAUAGUGGAGGAUCUGGAAGGCAAAAUGGCUGCGAAGAGAGGGCAGCAGUAAAACCAGCCAGGAUGAAUGAGGAGCGCUUACAACUAGCUCAACCCCACUGUGCAGUCUGUAGGUUAAGGGAGUCGACUUGUGUUAUAUAGUUUGAAGAGAUCUAAUAAGUACAGUCUGUGCUUUCAGUGGAGAAAGUUUGCAAGCCCUGGCAGAAACUGUGACCCUUCUCAAAAUCUGGACCGUCUGGACCUUGCUUUGUGCAGGAGACGGAGAUCAGUCCCUUGAGUCUUCAAUGACUCAACACUCAACUUGGGGGAAAAGUCUAGAGCAGUGCUGCUUAUAUGAUGAUUGGGAUUCAUUGGAUUGUUUUUCAAAAUAUUUGUACAUAAACAUAUCAGAUAAGAAUUUUUGAAUUUAAUGUUUUGUUCUGUAUUUUGAUGUUUUAAGAAAUCAAUGUUUCAUUCUUGUCUUAAAUCAUCUAAUAAAUAAAGUAAAAUGUC